AUGGCCCCGUCCCUCCUCGCUCGCACCCUCCCUGCCACCUCCCGCACCCUCCUCCGCGCACCCCGCACGCCGCGCACACCCCCAGUCCAGGCGCGCUUCAACAGCGAUGAUGCCGCCGUCAAGGCCAAGCUGAACAGCAUCGCCGCCAAAGCGCGCGUCGUCAAGACCCUCCCCGACUUCUCCAUGGCUAACAAGGUCUGCCUCGUCACCGGCGCCGCGCGCGGUCUCGGCAACGAGUUCUGCCGCGCGUUCAUCCAGUCCGGGUGCACCUCCCUCGCCAUCGUCGACCUCAAGGAGGAAGAGGCCGAGCAUGCUGCCGAAGAGCUCAUCAAGGCUGCCUGCGUUGACAGUGAAAUGGAGCCCAGCGACUACCGUGUCAUCGGCGUCGGCUGCGACGUCUCCUCGGAGCUCUCGGUGCAGCAGGCGUUCAGGCGCGUCAUGGACACGUACGGCCGCGUCGACUCGGUCGUGGCGUCAGCAGGUAUCGUCGAGAACUACUCCGCCUUCGACUACCCCUUCGACCGGAUAAAACGUCUCUAUGACAUCAACGUCCAUGGCGCGUUCUUCACUGCGCGCGAGGCCGCGCGCAACAUGAUUCCCCAAGGCGGAGGAAGCGUUGUGCUGGUGGCGAGUAUGAGCGCCAACAUUGUCAACAUUCCGCAGCCCCAGACCCCGUAUAACGCGGCCAAGGCUGCCGUCAAGCAUAUGGCGGCCAGCUUGGGCGUGGAAUGGGCCAAGAAGGGCGUUCGUGUGAACACGCUCAGCCCAGGUUACAUGCUCACGAAGCUCACGCGCACUAUUCUCGCACACGACCAGGAGCUGAAGAAAACUUGGGAAAGCCUGACACCAAUGGGACGGAUGGGAGAGCCCGAAGAUCUUGCUGGCGCGAUCGUUUUCCUUGCCAGCGACGCGUCGCGAUUCAUGACAGGAGCUGAGAUCCGCGUGGACGGCGGCUACUGCAUCAUCUAA